AUGUCAACAAAUUUCUACAGUUCAACAGAAGAUAGUAAUAUAGUUCGAAAUCUCGAAUCAUUUACGUGUGUAUGGCUCGAUUCCACUAUUGAUCAAACAGAUGAGAGUCGAACAACAGAACAAGAACUUCGUCGAAUAAUUAAUCAUUUAUUUACUUGUAAUGAUGAAAAACAAUGUCAACAGUACAUUCAUGAUAUAACUCAAGAAAAAGUCGUUUUAAUUGUUUCUGGUAAAUUAGGUCACUCAUUAGUACCUCGUAUUCAUGAUCUUCCACAAUUAUCAGCAUGUUAUGUCUUUUGUGCUAACGAAAAAUCACAUAAAAAAUGGGCGGAUCAUUAUCCAAAGGUAAAAGGAGUAUUUGUUGAACUGGAUAAACUCAUUAGAAAACUAUCAGAUGAUCAAAUCGAUAGAUAUAAAUUAGAAGACAGUCCACAAAUUUCAGUAAUAAAUCAACAUUGUCAAUCACUUGAAGAACGACAUGCAGUAUAUAUGUGGUUUCAAUUAUAUAUCGAAGUAUUGCUUCGUAUGCAUCAUAAAUUAAGUGACCGAAAAGAGCUUAUUGAUCUCUGUAAAAAUAAUUGUAAAGGGAACAAUUCUGAAUUAAAUAUUAUUGAUGAAUUUGAAACAAAAUAUAAGCCAGAAGAUGCCAUUCGUUGGUAUACACGUGAGUCAUGUUUAUAUAGAAUAUUAAAUAAAGCAUUACGUUUUCAAUGCUUUGACACUUUAUUUGCUUUUCGAUUUUUUAUUACUGAUAUUGCAAAACAAAUAAAAAGUGAAUAUGAAAAAUUAAUUCGAACGAAUCGUGGUUCGCAAAGUAUUUAUGUUUACCGAGGUCAAGCAAUUGGAAACAAUGAACUUCAAAUGAUGAAAAAUAGUGUUGGAGAAUUUUUAUCAAUGAACUCUUUUUUUUCAACUAGUCUUAAUCGUUCAACUGCACUGAAUUUUGCUCUUUCAUUACUAAUACAUAAUGAUUUGCAACAACGAAUAUUAUUUGAAAUAAAAAUAGAUUCAAACUUACAAACAAAACCAUUUGCUUACGUUAAAGAAAUGAGUUAUUACAAAAAUGAAGAUGAAGUUUUAAUUAUGCUUGGAGCAUUUUUUCAUAUAGAAAAAAUUUCUCAUGAUAAAAAAAACAAUCUAUGGAUAGCUUAUUUAUCAUUAGCUGAAGAAAGUGAUUAUCGUUUAAAAGAUACAUUUGCUCAUAUGAAACAAAAAAUUGGUGAAGAAACAAAUUUAGCAUCAUUAGGUAAAAUUCUUUUUGAAAUGGGUGAGUUUGAACAAGUAGAAAAGUGUUAUCAACAUAUGAUGCGCGAUGCACAACUUGAUCUAAGUGCUGCACACUCAGGAUUAAGUAAAGCUGCUUUAGGACAAAAUGACUUUAUUAAAGCAGCUAAUUAUGAACAACAAGCAUUAGCUAUAAAAACAUCAAUUUUACCAAAAAAUCAUCGGGAUUUAGCAAUUUCUUAUAGUCGGUUGGGACACAUUUAUUGUGAACAAAAUGAUCAUGAUCAAGCUUUAAAAUAUUUAAAACAAGCAAUGAAAAUUGAAGAAAAAUUAUUUCCAUUGGAACCUCUUAUACUUGCUAAAACAUACAAAAGAAUAGCAACUACUUAUGCUGAUUUAGGUCGUUAUACUUUAGCGUUAGAAUAUUAUACAAAAGUUCUAGAAAUCAGACAAGCAUAUUUACCUCCUAUUGCUAAGAGUAUUGCUUCGACUUAUCACAGUAUUGGAAAACUACAUUAUAAACAAAAGGAAUUAACUAUAGCAUUUCAAUAUUAUAGUGAUGCACUUGAAAUUUACAAAAAAAUCUUACCACCUAAACAUCCAAGUAUCGUUCAAAUUGAAGAAGAUAUUAGCAAGUUAAAAAGUAAAUGA